GAGUGUAAAACUAUUUAUGGAUGGAGCACUAGGAAGUUGGGGAGCUGCACUUUUAGAGCCUUAUUCUGACGAACCAACUAAGCAGGGAUUCCUAAUAUCCAAUCCAAAAAAUUUACCAUCGGUGAUUAAUCAAUGGAUGGAAAAGGGAUUCCAAGUGAACACACACUGCAUAGGAGACCGCGCAAAUCAUAUAAUAAUAGAUGUGUAUGAGAAGUGCUUUCAAGAUUAUGUAAAAUCGCAACCGAACAAUGGAAAUCUUACUGACGAAGAAUUGUCAGAGGAAGUUAAGAAGUUAGCGGAGAAAUUAAGGUUUAGAAUUGAACACGCACAGAUCUUAACACUUGAUGAUAUCAAACGCGUUGGCGAAUUAAAUAUUAUUCCGUCAAUGCAACCCACACACG